UUCUUUAACUAAUUAAUUAGAACGUUCCUGUAUUGACAGAUUUAAUAUUCGUACUUUGUAAUUUAAUUAGUAAAAAACGGAAAUCAUUAAUAAAAAUAUAAUUUAACCUACAAAAGUCAAAACUGACAGACGGAUUGUUGUAAACAAGGAUGUGUAAAAAAUGAGAUGAAAAUAAUAGAUUUACAAAUAUAGAAUGUAGAUAGUUUUAAGUAUAUAAAAUAAUUAAAAAUUAUCUGUGAAGAUGGCAACCCAAGACAAGCUACAAAAAUCUUUAGAAGCACUAAAAAAUAUUAGUGAUGCCAAUCAAACUGAUGGCUCAAAAAAAAAGGAUAAAGUGUAUCAUUGUCACAUUCUCACCGAAGCAAUUUCUAAUCCAUCAAUAAAAACAGCUCCCAAUUUUCAAUAUCUUCUUAGUUUAACGAUUGAAGCUUUACUAAAAUUAUGUGAUGAUCCAGAAUCUGAUAUUCGAAUGACCAGUGAAGAAUGUCUAAAUAAAAUAAUAAGGGCAUCAAGUAAUGGAAGUAUAUGGAAAAUUCAAAUUGAAUUGCACAAAGAAAUAAAAAGAAAUGGACCAGCAAGAUCCCUUAGGGCUUCUCUAUGGAGGUUUGCUCAACUGGCUCAUUUAAUCAGACCACUAAAAGGAAAAGCAUAUGUAGACAAUUUGUUUCCAAAUUUGUGCAAAGUUAUAGAAAGACCUGAAGAACAAAUUCAUGAAACUCUAGCAAACAGUAUAUCGAAGAUUAUGAAAAACCUUGGUUCAUUUGCUUCUGACAAUGAAAUUAAGAGUCUUUUAGUAGCAUUUCUUGCCAAUAUAACACAUCCACAAUCAGCAGUAAUAAGAAGGGCAACUGCUAAUUCCAUUUUACAUGUGUGUUUGAAUUGUAGAAAACCAUUCAAAUUUGUCACCUACUGCUUAAAUAAUAUUUUAGAUCUUUUGAUUCCAGUAAAUGAGAAUGUUAGUACUACCACAAUAUUAGGUGUACUUAAUAGUUUAAAAGUGCUCCUACCACAUUUUAAUAGUGAAAAUAUUUCAAAUGACUAUAAUGGUCUUCAAACCAAAGAGAAAGAUUUAGUUAGCUGUACUGAAAAGCAAUUAAUGAUAUAUGAAUUAUGUCUGUACUAUUUGCCCAAUAAAGACCACAACAUUGUCAAUGCUUCACUAGAAACAUUAAAUGUUUUACUUCAAAACUGUAAUGCAGAAGUUAAGGAAGUGCUGUUAUCAAAAAAUGGGCCAAUUAAAAAUCGUAUUUAUUCUUUACAAGCUUCUUCAAUGAUGAAACUAAGAUCUCCAAGUCAAUUGAGUGUAGCUACAAACAUAACAUCAGGAGAAGAGAAUGUGUUUGGAGAAUCUGAGCUGACAGACACAAUGCAAUCUGAUAUUGAAAGAUGGAUAGAUGAAUCUAAAUUAUCAGUCAUGAAUAUAACAUAUGCAAAAACUAAAGAAUCAGUUGAAAAAAGCAUGUCAUUAGAUACAACUAGUAAUUUAAGAAGUUCUGACUCUGUAGAUGACAUAGAUUUAGGAAGUUUAAGUAAACUAGGUGACAGUUAUUCAGGAACAUUGAAGAGCCAAAGUAUUUGCGACAAUCUGGAUAGACUGACGAUUAGCGAGAACUCUUCGGAGAAAAGUUCCUGUACAGACGAAAAAUUAUUAAACACAGACACUGAGGUUUCAAAAAUUGACAUUGGGGAAUAUCUGGAUAAAAACGAAAGCAUUUUAUAUUGUUCCAAAUUGAUAGCCAAGUCUUUUUUAUUGAGUGGGUCACCUGGACAAUUACUGUCAGAUAAAACAGCAAGGGUUUCAGUGAAGUCCCUUGCUUUAACAUGUCUAGCUUCCAUUGUCAAGCUUUAUCCAAACGUUCUGUUGCAAUACUUGGACAAAAAUGGUAAAAUUUCUAAUGUGGUUGGUCCUCAAGAUAUGUCUGAUUUAUUGUUGUAUGCUGACCAUUCUGAUCCACAAUUGAGGGGGGUUGUCAGGAUGAUAAUUGGGAAUUUUAUUAAAGCAGUAUUUAUUGAAAACAACGGGAAUUAUGGGGGAUGGAUCACUAGUAAUUCUUGUGUGGAGAAUCGAGCUCCUUUCCAGAUAGACAAACUCAUACAAAUAAUUGUAAAGGGUUUAGAAGACGAGUCGGCAAAUUGCACUAGACAAACACUGACAUCUUUAAAUGUAGUGCUUGAAGGAAUAAUUGAAUCUAGGGAAUGUAAAAGUGUAAUUCCAAUAUUGAGGGUUUUGCCAAUACUCUCAAAAAAUCCAUAUUGGCUAGUAAAGGUGGGUCUCUGUGAAUUGGUAUCAAACCUACCUUAUGUCACAAUACAUCAUGUGUUGGGCGAUGGAACAUUUCAAAGUAAGGUUGUUUACAAUAUAUUAAUUGAAAUGUUGGAGGAUAAUGAUCAGCGAGUUCGGACAGCAGUCGCCAACUGCGUCGUGGAUAUAAUACCACAUUUAUAUGAUGAACACUUUCAAACUGAAGAAUCAACGACGAUCACCAAAGCUAUUCUUUAUAGGAACGUUUAUUUAACUAAUCUGAAAUUUAUAGAAAACGAUAAAAAUCUAAAUAGAAAGCAUUUUAUUGAAAAUAUGCCGUUUCCCUUCAAACAAGUUUCAGAAAAAGGCUGUGAUAGAAUAGAAUUUGCUUUGUCCAAUAUAGUAAAUAAAUUAUACAAGUUAAUUUUAACUUCCACAUCCAAAUAUUUAAUUCAUGGUUGUAUAGAAACGUUAUGUCUUUUAUCAAUUAAAUAUCCUAGUACCGUAUAUACGAAAGCCUGGGUCGUACCGAAAUCCGUUGACGUCUCUGGGGAGCAAAAAGUACUUCCGGACUUGCUUAAUUUAUGUAACGGCUUUCUUCAAAGCUCGACCACUGUUUACGACCUUAUGUGUCAUUUAAACUUACUGGAAUUAACGUCCAAUCUUUUAGCCGGACAAUCAGCUAUUUUCUUAAGACCAAUACCUGAUCCGGAAUCGACGACCCGCCUGUGGGACAUGUUUGAAAAUACGAAUUUCUCCGACACUUGCGAAAUAUUUUUCUCCCACAUCAUUAAAUUGCUUAACAUUUUUCAUCACGUAAUAAACGACCUCGUACCCGCUAUGUCGCAGUCAAAACCAGUCCUGCCUAGUCUCCCUUCCGCCAGCAAUUUGUCGCCCAUAAAACGAAGGAAGAGUGACCUGGACAAGAAAAUGCUAAUAAACACCGCAAAGAGCAACGAGAAAGAAGAAAAAGCGGAGAAGAGUACUAAGCUAUGUUCCAUAGCUUCGUUCGCACAUCUGCCCCAUUAUCUGAAAAUAUACGAGGUCUUAAAAAGUGCCUACUCAAAUUAUAAAGUGUCGUUGGAUUCUGAUACUUGCGAACGAUUUUUGGAAAUAAUGCGUAAAAUCUUAAAUAGCUUGUCCAUUUUGAUGGAAAUUGGGAGUUUGACGGAAUUUGGGAGAAUUGCAGACGAACUGUUGACGUAUCUACGCUCCACAUUUUCACUGGAUCCCACAUCCACUGUGGCGAACGUUCAACAAAUGCUUAAGUGUUUAUUUGCUACUAACCUGACGGCCAACAUUACGGAAAUCUUAAAUACCAAAAAGAAAGAUGAUGAGGAAUCUGAAGAGGAUGAAGGAGUUGGCUUCUAUUAUCAUUUAGCACACAAACCGUAUAACGAACUGUCGUCGUGUAUUAACUCUUUAAAUACAAUGAAUAAAAUAGAGUGCGACACCGACAAUACUUUAAUGGGGUACUUGCACAGAAAAGACGUUAAACAAUCGUGCACGUUUUCCAGGAGCAACGAUAAAAUUUUAGCCAAUUACAUUAGAAUCUUCGAGCCUAUGGUCAUUAAAUCCUUGAAGCAAUACACAGUUACCAGUGAUGUUAAACUACAGUGUCAAGUUCUACAGUUAUUGAGCCAAUUAGUGCAACUGAGAGUCAAUUACUGUUUGCUCGAUUCCGAACAGGUUUUUAUAGGAUUCGUUUUAAAACAAUUUGAGUACAUUGAGGAAGGACAAAUUCCUUUGCCAGAAGAACUGAUUCCAAAGAUCUUCCAAUUUUUGGUCCAACUGUCUUACAGCAAACAACACUCCAAAUGUAUUAUUGGUGUGCCAAAGAUAAUCCAGCUGUGUGAUGGCCUCUUGGCCAGCGGCCAGCCGCCACUUACGCACUGCAUACCUGCAUUACAUCCAAUUGUUGAAGACAUAUUCCUGACCAGAAACAAAUCCAACACAAGCGACAUGAAAGAAUUGGAAACGACACGAGAAGUGGUGCUUGCGAUACUGCUGAAACUAGCCGAGUACCAUGAGGUUAUAGAUUUGUUGGUUUUGAUUUUGGAAGACAGUAAAUUUUGUGCCGACGAUCCGGAGAAGUGGCAGAGAUGGUCGGAACAGAUAGUGAACGCCGUGCUUCCUAUGUUAAAGCAGAACAAACUGAGGUUGGAUAAUUCAAAGGCGUUUAAUUCGAUGAGGAAGUUCGUCUUUGCAGUAAAUCCUAACGCGUUAAAACCAGUAGAUAGUUUUAUUGUGAUGCUGUUCCAAGAACCCCCACUGGGUGAUAAUGACUUGUACUAUCGUUGGUUGUCAAAGAUCAUUAUUUUGUUGUUGGUCCUUUCAACUUUGAAAGAAGACCAGUUAAUUUCUAAGAUAUCACGACUUAAAGGUGACUUCUCACCGAGUAGUAUUUUCGAGAAAGUUGUCAUGGUUGCUGAUCCAUUAAACGUUACCAAUUGCUCAGAUAUUUUUGAACAUUUGGCUCCUGAAGUUAUAUUCAUUCGGUUCAUUUUUCGUGUCAUUGAGAUAACUUCAGAAGAAUGCUUGGCACUUGUAAAGAAUCAGGGAAAGUCCUUUCUUGUGGAACAGUUCUCUACUUUUUUGAUGUAUUGUCUUCAUAUAUUCCAAUCUGGAACUCACUGUAAAAUAACGAAUGUGGCCUUAAAAAUAAUCAACCAAAAUAUUCCAUUUGAAGGAGAAACGAAUCAAUUGGAAAAAAUUAAUCGAACGUUUUUGAAGAUUUCGAUGUUUUAUCCCACUUUAACGUUUCAGUGGUGUUACCUUCUGACUCUAUGGAACUACAAGAAUACGACGUUUUGGUCCAAGGUUAUGGGUACUGAAGAAAGGACCGAAUUCAAAAAUAUUUGCAUAAACCUGGAAAUAGCCAAAACUGGUGCUGUGAUUGUAUUUUGUGAUUAUUUGAUUGAAAAUCAAUCAGACACUAGUCAACUGAAUUGUGUAUUAAAUAACGUUCAACUACUCGUGAAGUUAUAUAAGGAAAGUCCAGUUUCUGAAUUUAUAACCUCCCUUCAUAGAAAAGCUCUAACGAGUGAAUUGUUAAUUGAGGCAUUGGCGAAACUGUGCCAUGAAAUUGAUGAUCCUUUGUACACUCAUACUCUGUUAAAGUGUAUAAAAAGUGUCCAUCCGUCACAAGAUGGAAAAGUGUUACAUUUGUUAAUAACGAGGUUAUUAAAAAACCAGGACGUUAUUAUUUCUAGAAAUGUGGUCUAUCUAGCCAGUCGUAAAGUCGACGUCUUAUUAACUUUGGGAGUUGAUGAGGUCAAUGCUCAGUUACCCAGAGAAAGACUGGUAGAAAUUAAGAACUUUCUAAUAACUAAAAGCUUAAUCAAAAAACAUGAGGCGUUAGUAAGCUUAUUAAACAAGUUGUCGUCACAAUUCUACGAUCUAAGUCCUAUAGAAUUUGAUCAACGCCGAGUAGUAAAUCCGGCCGAUAUAAAACAAUUAAACGUGGACAAGAAGUGGUUUCUGACUCAAAUUCAGGGUAGAUACAGCGAAUCGAGACUUGGCAUGGAGACGGCUGAAUUGCUGAAUAAACUAGAAUAUUCCGAGGUGCUCAGCUUUAUGUCCAGUGCCGAUUUCAAUAAAAUGUGCAUAAAAGAUUGCAUCCUCCUCAGUCUCAGAGAUUUCAACAUUAAAAAAUUGUCGCAAGAGCCGGAUUUACUUAAAGCCAGCACUGACUGCUUACUGAAAGAUAUUACCGGUAUUAUUAGUCGAUUACCUAAGCCACAUCAUGUUUAUCAUCCGGUGGAUCGUGAGACUACGUCGUCUGAGGUGACUUAUUCAAGUCAAAUGACGGAGGUGUUUAAGAACAAAGAUUUUUCAAAACAGCUACAUUCCAUUACUCCUUCUGUGUCAUUUUAUAUUGCGUCAGUAUUAAAGUUUCCUAAGUUAACAAUACCUAACAAUUCUUACGAAGACAUCCUUAAAUUUGCGGUAAUUUCCCUUGAAUCUAUUAACUUUUUACUUAGCACCCAAAGGAACAGUUUGAAUAUCAAUGUUAUACACUCAUCCCUCCAAUGUGCAAUGCUGAUUUUUAAAGAAAACCAUUUAAGUGGAAUUUUGGGGCUGGAAAGUCAGAUUACAUGGUUAAGUUCCGCCGUUAAUAGCGUCUACAAGCUGGUAACUUUCUUGUUGAUUAAUAAAGAGCCUUUACCAUCGAUGCCAAAAUUCAGUCUGAAGUUGUCUCUGGAAAACAUGGAGUCUUGUGCGGCCGGCCAUGCUUGUUAUCAAUUGUAUAUCUUGGUCAGUUGGUUGGAUAAAAUAAAGAAGAACAAUGUUGAUAUUCCCAAAUUUUUAUUGGACGACAUUAAAAAUAUUAUAGUGUCUUUAUCAAGGAUGCCAGUGGUGAACUCUUAUGUAUUAAUACCCACGAGGGUGUGGAAAACGGGUUGGGAACCCACAAUGUUUGGCACCUUUAACACUCAGGUGCCUCCUCUACCUAUAGAACUAUUACAAGAAAUAGACAUACUUGAGGAAUACAUUUUCAGGAUAACGCUGUUAGGUUGGACUUCUCGUCAACAAUUUGAGGAAACUUGGAUGUGCCUGUUAAGCGUUUGUAACCCAAUGGACAACUGCGAACCAGACGAAGUAAAUGACAUUGUACAUGGUACUAGUUUGGCCAUUAAAGCCAUAACCGCUCUUUUGUUAAAAAGCUUAUAUUUUCCAAAUCCGGCCAACGCCUUAAAUUCAGAAUUGAUGCAUGUUUCACGAAACAGUUUGAUAUCUGAUGAAAGCACAAGUGUCAAGAAGUUGAAAAAAAUCCACAAUAGCAUGCAACAAAAAUUUUACGAAAGCACCAACGUUUAUGAAGGGAGACAUUUAGUUAACGUUUUUGACCAUAAAAAUUUUGAAAAAUUGACCACACGGUACGGUUAUGGUCAAAUGUCCAUAAGGUACUUUCUUGUUGCCACCAACAUCAUAGAGGAGUCCAGUGAAUUGGAUCCGGCAACAAAUGCCUACGAGUGUCGUGUCAAAAUGUUGGAAGAACAUUCCUUGGACUUAACUUCCUGUCUUCAAUUUUUGCUAGAUUAUUACUCACAAAUAAUGAAGGCAGAGGUUCUGUCACACAUAAGGGUGUUGUACGAGGCCGUGCGUUCCACCGUAAUAAUUUCGGAUCUUUUCACUGAAAAAUCUCAGUUUUCGUGGAUGAUGAACACGUUUUUGGAACUGUCCAAGACCCACACUAACGAGGAUGAAUUAAUACAUCAAUAUAUCAUUGUGGGACUGUGUAAAUCAGCCAGUAUUCUUAUGCCUGACUUAGAGGUGUUUGAAACUAUUAAGAAGAUGUUGGUGCAGUAUCUUAAAAGCCUCUUUGUUACAACUAGAGUAUCUUGUCUAAUGGGUAUUCUGUAUUUGUUGGAAGGUUUAAAAAUAAAUAAUAUAAGUAUAGGAGGGAUUUCAGAUGAAAUGCAAUUAAUACUACCAUUAGUAGUUGAAUACGUCCAAAGCAAUUUAAACGCGACUAAUAGUGCAUUGAAAAAAUCUCAAGAUCACACUCUCUUGGUAUGGUCCAUAGCAUUUUACCUCAUUGAAAAUAUUGAUGAAAUGCACAUGGAGACUAAUUUUGUUUUGAACACAUUACAAACCGCAUUUUUGGUUCUAAAAGACAAAAAUAGUACGAUUAACAGUGCUAUAGUGAAGGGACUGGAAAGGUUGAUAAUAGUGAAGAAAAGUAUAAUGGCCAAAAUUGGGAAACAAGUCCUCAAAAUAGCUUUAGAUUAUAUGAAACAGGAAAACGACUCCAAAGCCUUUUUAGGCACUCAACUGUUAAUAACAUAUAUGUAUACAGAUUGUUGGAAACACCUUGAAAAUGCCAGACUAGAAAACAACCAGACGAGUCCGGAUCAUUUGGUCCAAACCAUAGAGAAAAUUUCAGCCAUGUUCGAAAAAGUGAAGAAAGGCUACGACUUUGAAGUUAAAGUAUUAACUUCGGUGCUUCCAGACAUUUUGAACGACUUCUUCGCACCUUCCGACAUACUGACAAAAGUAAUAGGCGAGUUCUUGUCGCCCCAACAACCACACCCUAAAUUACUAAGUAGGGUGGUAUUUGAGGUAUUUGGAAGCGCCAUCGAACGAGAUCAGCUCUCUUUGCUUCAAGACUGGGUAGUAUUUAGUUUGUCCAACUUUACGCAAUCUUUCUCCAUUGGAUUGGCGACGUGGUGCUUGACGUGCUUCUUCAUCAGCGCCAGCACAAAUCAAUGGUUAAGAUCGGUGUUCCCCUACAUUCAAACGCGGGUAGGACGUUAUGAAUACGAAGACAGGAAGAUGUUAUGCAUCGCAGGAUCAGAUUUUUAUAGGAAUUUGACGAAUGACAAACAAAAAGAGACGUUCAUUGAGAAUUUCAAAAAAGUUAAAGAUAAACCAGAUAUGCCGUAUAACGAUCUAUUAAAGUCCUUAUAAAGUUUGUAACCUCUAAAGUUUAUUAAUGUUGAACACUGUAAUUUUUUAUCAUAGCUUUGUAUAAUAAUGUAAAUAAAUUUCCAAAUAAAUUAUUAUAUUUUUAAGUUAAAUGUAACAGAUGAUACUAAUAGUUGUUUUAAAUAUACUUGUUUUUUAAU